ACAAUAGAAAAUGAAUCCAUUAAAUGAUAAUAAAGGAAAACAUCAUCAUCAUCAUCAACAACAACGACAAGAUUCAGCCUUUACAUUCAAUUAUCUUUAUACCUGUGAUAUUGAAGAUGUUUUAUUUCGUGUGAAAAUUGUAAAUCUUGAUGGUAUUUUACCACCACAUAGUAAAAAUUCAUCACAACAUACAACACAUGGUGCUGAUUCAUCCAAAUCAUCAUCAUCAUCACCAUCAUCAUCAUUCAAUUUUACCAGUGUCCAUAAUCAUUACGAAUAUAAUAUUGUUGAAGAUGAAAAUAAUUUCACAUUUAUUGAUGAUAUAAUUAGCUCCGAUGAUGAUGAUGAUGAUGAUAAAGAUGAUGAAAAUAAAAAUGGUGGCCAUGAUCAAAGUGGUGAUAAAUUAGAUGAUAAUGAAGCUACAACUAGUGGAAUUGAAUCUGAUGAAUAUCGUGCUCAUCAUCAUCAUCCACAGCAGCAGCAAUCAUCAUCAUCAUUUCUUCAUCCGAUUUCAGCUCAUGACAAUAGUUUGGAUUACAACAAAGAAUUGAAAAAGAAACAAAAGAAAAAGAAAAAAUUGAAUGAAAUUAUUUUUGGCAAUCUGAAUCAACCAUUUCGUGCAUUAUCAAAUCAUCCAUAUCUAACUUGUGAUUUAAUAUCAAAUGGACGACGAUUAUGUCCACCACAACAGACACAAUAUCGACAGAUGAUUAAUCGUUAUGAAUGGAAUGAAUGGCUUUCGUUUUCAUUGACAUUGGAUACAUUGCCACGUGAUACAAUCAUUUGUUUCACCAUUUGGGAUACAAUUUGUCCUGGUAAAAGUGCUGCCGUUGCUCGUACCAGUAUGACAUUGUUUAGCAAACGUGGCUGUAUGCGUAAAGGUUUAUAUGAUUUACGAUUAUUUUUCAAUGAAGAUUGUAAAGAAUAUUAUUACAAUGGCCAAACGAAAAUGACGAAUCCAACAAUGGUGGUGGAACAACAGCCACCACCAAUAUCAACAAUAAGUAAUGAUAUUAUCACCACGGAUAUUGUUUUAACCGACAUAAAUCUAACAAGUCGUAAACAUCGAAAAAAUGAAUUAGUAAUCAAUGAAAAUGAUUUAAUACCAAAACUACGAAAACAUUUAAAUCUUGGCCAUUCAAAAGAUUCACAAUUAUUUCAUUUUAAUAAUCAACAAAAUCGUAAAUUACAACAACAACAAAUGAAAAAUUUUCAACCAGAAUCAUUGGAAUUUACAUCCACACAGCAAUAUUUUGAACAAGAUCUAAGUAUGUAUCCAAUUGGUACUGGUGAUAAGUCGAAAAAAAUUCAACGUUUUAAUAAGCUUAAAAAACGAUAUUAUAAUAACCAAUUGCCAAAAAGAGAAUCUCAGGAUAGACGAGCAUUUGCUGAAAUUGAAAAACAAACCGUUAUGGAAAAAUCACUUAGCACGUUUGUAUUUCUUACCGUUGAAUUUCCAAUCAUAAUAAUGGAUGGUAUUGAACAUACGGCUGUUUAUUUCGAAGAUAAAGAUGACCAAUGUUGUCAAUAUGAUAUCAUUGAUAAAGAUAUCGUAACCAUACAGGAUCCAGAAAUGAAUCUACCGAAUUUAGUUGAAAUUAAACAUCAUGCAUUAGCACGUUCAGCACGAUCAGGUAUCUCAUUGCGUGAUCUUAAACCAAAUGCAACCAUACGUAAUCAAUUGAAUGCAAUUGUUAAUUAUCCAUCAACACAACAAUUGACCAGUGAAGAACAGGAUUUAAUUUGGAAAUUUCGUUUCUAUCUACGUAAUCAGAAAAAAGCAUUGACAAAAUUCCUGAAAACAGUUAAUUGGCAAUCAAUAUCUGAAGCUGAACAAGCAAUCGAAUUAAUGAAUGAAUGGUCACCGAUGGAUGUGGACGAUGCUCUGGAACUAUUAUCACCAUAUUUUACACAUCCAGCUGUUAGAAAAUAUGCUGUCGGUAGAUUGAAAGAAUCGGCAUCAGAUGAAGAUCUACUUUUGUAUCUUUUACAAUUAGUACAGGCAUUGAAAUAUGAAAAUUUUCAGGAAAUUCGUCAAGCACAUGAAAAUGAAUUAUUGGAAUAUCAACAACAACAACAACAACAACAGCAGCAGCAGCAACAACUUCAACAACAUGCAAUUCAUCGUGAACGUAAAUCACAAUCGGAAAGUAUCUCAAGUACUACCGAUACUUUAAUGCCAGAAUCGAUGAAAAUAUUUGCAUCAACACCAUCUUCGAAUACUUCUACCAUUGUUUCAACUUCUACAACGGUGGAUACUACCACUGUUGAUCAUCCAUCAUCAUCAUCGAUCAUACAACAGCAAGGAAAAUCACCAACACGUGAUAAACAACGUCGUUUACAAAAUGAUGAUAAUCUAGCAACAUUUCUACUGAAUCGUUCAUGUCAAAAUGAUGAAUUGGCCAAUUAUUUUUUCUGGUAUCUUUGUGUUGAAUGUGAAGGUGCUAAAAGUUUCGGAUCAGGUUCCAGCACUGCUGCUGUUUCUUCUGGUGUUGUUGAACCCAAAUCAUCCACAUCAUCGACAACGAAUAUUCAAAUUUUUCCAAGUGUCAUGUCAUCUGUUGCCACUAAUUCAUAUCUGGUACCUCCACCACCUCCAUCAAUAAUUGAAUGGGAAAAUGAACAACAUCAACAACAACAACAACAACAACAGCAGCAAAAACAAACAAAAUUACCAGCAUCAAGUGUGAAUGAAUUGAGUGGAUCAUAUUCAAUAACGAAUGUAAUCGACAUGUACAUUAUAAUGAUGCGAAGAUUUAGUACACGAUUAUUGUGUGGUACACCUGAAAUGGUUCAUCGACGUCAUUUUCUAUUACGGCAACAAGAUUUUGUUGUAAAAUUAGUGGAAAUUAUGAAAGAAAUUGCACGUGAAAGUGGUAAUCGAAUGAAAAAAAUUGAAAAACUUCAAUCCAUCCUUGAAUCACCGGAGCCACAGUUUCGUUUUAAUUUCAAUAAAAAUGAUCCACUACCAUUGCCAUUGAAUCCAACCAUACGAAUAAUUGGUGUGGCCAGUAAAGAAGCUUUGCUUUAUAAAUCGGCAACAAUGCCAGCCAAACUUGGUUUUCGCACAACAUCUGGUCAGAUAUUUUGGACAAUAUUCAAAAAUGGUGAUGAUCUUCGCCAAGAUGAUCUUGUAUUGCAGAUGAUAAAUUUAAUGGAUAAAUUAUUGCGUAAAGAAAAUCUGGAUUUAAAACUAACACCAUAUCGUGUAUUGGCCUGUAGUAGUAAACAUGGUUUUGUACAAUUUAUUGAUUCACAAUCGGUUGCUGAAGUUAUGUCGAUUGAAGGAUCCAUACAGAAUUAUUUACGUAAAAUUUCACAUUUUACAAACACAACACCGACAAUUUCAUCCAUGAAUGAUGAUGAUUUUCAGGUUGUAUCCACUACGUGCACAGCAACAACAAUACAAUCAUCAAGUGGUAGACAACGUGGAAUAACAGCAGCAGCAGCAGCAACAACAACAACAACAACAACAAGUGGUUCAUCACCAUCAUUAUCGCCAUCAUCUGGACUGAAUCAAAUGGGUAUUUCAUUGGAAAUUAUGGAUGCCUAUAUUAAAUCUUGUGCCGGUUAUUGUGUCAUUACCUAUCUAUUGGGCGUUGGUGAUCGUCAUUUAGAUAAUUUACUCAUGACAAAAACUGGUCGUUUAUUUCAUAUUGAUUUUGGUUUCAUUCUUGGACGUGAUCCAAAACUAAGUAAACCACCGAUGAAAAUUACACGUGAAAUGGUCGACGCUAUGGGCGGAAUGGAUUCGGAAAAUUUUUAUAAAUUCUGUUCAUUUGUACGGACAGCAUUUUUACAUCUACGUAGACAUGCAAAUCUUAUAUUGAAUUUAUUUUCAUUAAUGAUCGAUGCAAACGUGCCUGACAUUGCAUUAGAACCGGAUAAAACUGUACAAAAAGUUCAGGAUAAAUUUAAAUUAGAAUUAAAUGAUGAACAAGCUGAUCAUUAUAUAACGGAACAAGUUGAACAAAGUGUUCGUUCCAUAAUGCCAGUAGUGGUGGAUCAAUUACAUAAAAUGGCACAGUAUUUACGAAACUAAAUUGGUGGCGUCCUGAAAUUUUGUGUGGAUCAAAAUCAUGAUGAUCAUGUGGAAUGUUUAUAAACCACCUCUUUUUUAUUUUCUCAUUCACUAAAUGCUCAGGCAAAAUCUUCCAUAUCUUUCAUAUUUAUAUAAAUUGUUGGAAACUUUUAUAA